AUGGUUAUUGAGACUAUUCCCGGUGCUACUCCAGGAAGCAAGCAAAGGUUUGACAGGUUAUAUGUUUGUUUCACAUCUCAAAGAGAAUCUUGGAUAGAAUCAUGUCGACCUAUCAUUGGGCUAGAUGGUGCAUUCUUGAAGUGGGAUAUUAAAGGGCAUCUACUAGCUGCUGUAGGAAGAGAUGGAGACAACAGGAUUGUGCCAAUUGCUUGGGCUGUUGUUGAGAUUGAAAAUAAUGUGAACUGGGAAUGGUUUGGACUUGUGAAUGCUGUCAAGAAUGAGCUUCCAGAAGCUGAACACCGAAUGUGUUCAAGACAUAUCCUUGCAAACUGGAAAAGAGACAAUAAAGAUCCUGAAUUAGAGAGAUUAUUUUGGAAGAUAGCAGGAAGCUACACUCUAGGGGAUUAUCAAGAGCAUAUGGACACACUAAAAAAAUAUUGCUCAGGUGCCUUUAACUCCCUUCAGAAAACAAACCCCAAUACAUGGUCAAGAGCUUUUUUUAGGUUAGGAUCUGAUUGCAAUGACAACCUUAACAACCUUAGUGAGUCAUUCAACAAGACAAUUAGAGAAGCUAGAAAAAAGCCAUUGUUGGAAAUGUUAGAGGAUAUAAGAAGGCAAUGCAUGGUUCGUAAUGCCAAAAGAGCUAUCAUUGCUUCACAUAGUAAGACUAAGUUCACAAAGAAAGUUCAUUUGGAGGUUGAAAAGACUAAGGAAAAAGCAAAGGAUUGCAUCAGAUAUAUGGCAUGUGGGAAUGUUCAUGAAAUUGAUGAUGGAGGUGUCACCUAUAGUGUUGAUAUGGAUUUGAAAACAUGCGGGUGUCUCAAGUGGCAGCUCAGAAGAAUUCCAUGUAUUCAUGCUUCAUGUGUAAUAACUGCAAAGAAACUAAAGAUGGAAGAUUUUGUGUCCAAGUACUACACAAGUGACAUGUGGAGAGUGACAUACUCGCGUGGUAUCAGGCCGGUGUAG